AAUCAUUUGGAUCAAACUUCAAACAUAACCCGGUUUCUAUUAUGACUGAAAGAGGGCCAAACUCACGAUCCAAAUUCUCAAUCUGGAAUCGGCAGCAGCAGCAGCAGAAUAACCCCAACACCAAAUCGUCCACCGCCACCGGCGAUUACUCUCCACCGGCGUCGGCGAUAGCAUCCGUGGGCGACUCUCCAGAUUCUAAUAAGAAUUCUUCGGAAUGAGAGUAUGCAGUGGAUGGCGUCGAUUCCUUUUAUGUCUCCCUCUCAUUUUCUUCCUUCCUCAUAUCUUCUCUGUGUUAGAGUUGCACAAAAACUCAACUGUAAAUGACCUGCACAAAAGUCAUAAUAAGAAAUUUGAUCACCUGGUUCUUGGACCUGCUGCUGGUGAAGGUUUGCAUGACCGUCUGCAAUGCCAAGGCACCAAAGCUCUUAACAAGACCCACCUUUCAACCUCCUCCGGCAAUUUUAGUUUUGGAGAGAGUGUAGCCUUUGUCACCUUUUAUGCCGCUUAUGACUCCUCUGUUGAUAGGCUGGUCAAUGGUAGGUUAAAAGACUUGGUUACUGUUGGGAACAUUUCAUACAGUAAGGUGGAAAGAUCAAUGGCCAUUUUGAAUGUCUUUGUAAACUUCGUCCAGAUGACAAUGCCCCAGAGCAACAUUAUCAUUCUUACCGAUCCGGCAUCUAAGCUUCCCCUACACAGAAAUAGGGUCUCUAUAUAUCCGAUUCAAGGUGAAUAUUCGCGAGACAAGUUGAUGCUUCAAAGAAUCAGGUCCUACAUUACCUUUCUAGAAGCAAGGCUUGAAGAGCAUUCUCAGUCGCAGGGGCAUAUUAACCAUUACAUCUUCACCGACUCAGAUGUAUCAGUAGUUGACGACCUGGGACAAAUAUUCUAUAACUACCCAAAUAUUCAUUUGGCUCUCACCUUCAGGAACAACAAAGAACAACCUCUUAAUUCAGGAUUUAUAGCAGUGAGGGGCACACCUGAUGGAAUGCUAAGGGCAAAGGUUUUCUUACAAGAAGUGCUGAAAGUUUACGGUUCCAAAUAUAUGAAAGCUUCCCGAAUGCUUGGAGAUCAAUUAGCUCUUGCCUGGGUUGUAAGAUCUCACCCUCACUUUGAUGCAAAAAGGUUUGCUCGACCACAAGCCUUUGUAGAAGAUAUUAGUGGCGCUUCAGUGCUCUUUCUACCAUGUGCUAUUUACAAUUGGACACCACCAGAAGGCGCAGGCCAAUUUCACGGUAUGCCCUUGGAUGUUAAGGUUGUUCAUUUCAAGGGAUCGAGGAAGCGCCUUAUGCUUGAGUCUUGGAACUUCUUGGAUUCCUCCUCUAACAUUUCGGAUAUGCUAUGCCUUAUCUUAAAGAGUGGAAGGACAAAGUAUGAUUUUUAAGUUCCGAAGUAUAUGGUUUAUGGCUCAAUAUAAGCAUCAUUUUCUGCAAAUUCAGUGAAGGGAUGACCCACUUCAUUUGGAGGAGGUUUUUGUGGCAGUUCUCUCUUCAUAAUAGUAUCUUAUGGGUCUCAGUUUGAUUCAUUUAGUACCCCCAAAACAAGUGUUUGAUUGAUUUAUUUUCUUUGAUGAGAACUGUCUUCCUCUACAGAUUUAUUUAUUGUUUUGAUAAAUUUUUAUUGUCUAAACUUGAACGUCACGAGCUGGACUAAUUUUGGUUCAA